AAUGAGAAAUUUUAUCCCGAAUAGGGUUAAAACAAUCAAACCGAAAGAGAGAGCGUUUAAUUGAUUCUGUGAUAAAACUUAACAAAGAUGCCAAAGUACGAGUAUACGCAACAGAAACAAGCUGGACAAUGCGCGAAAGACUGGAAAAACGAAAUUUCACAAUCAUCGAUAAAAUAACCAACAUUCAAAAUGUUCCCCUUGUUGCUUGUUUAAACGUAUUGGACAGAUGCAUCGAUCCUUAUGAACUGUUACAAGAUAUCUACAACGUUCUAGCUCCAAAUGGACGAGUAGUAAUAGCCCUAGUAUUGCCAUAUGUUCAUUAUGUUGAAUUCAAUACCUCGCAUUUGCCAAUACGACCACUCAUGGCACAUUGGCCAGACAAAGCUAAGCAGUUCUCAUUCGAAGCUGAAGCAAUGAUGUUCUUUGAGAUGCUAGAGAACUUUGGCUUUAAGGUAGAAUCGUGGACUAAGGCACCAUAUUUGUGUGAAGGAGAUCUUAGGCAGUCUUUUUACUGGCUAAUUGAUCUCGUUGUUGUUCUGUCAAAGAAAUAACUUUUUAAACUACAAUUUUCUACCUCUUUUUAUCUUAUUCUGGUUUGUAAAUUUGUCUGUUUUUUGACUAUGUAUUUAUUUUGAGAUAAAAUCCUAUAUACAUUUAGGUUCAGACUUAAGUAGAAUUAAUUUAAAACAAAUAUAGUCAUAAAUUUCAGCUUCAAUAAAUUUUAUCAAAUAAAUGUAAUAUUUGCAAGAAA